AGUGACUGCAGACGCGGGAUCUCCGGUUUGGACUGUAUCGGGCAAGAUGAAACGCCGACCUGUAGUUCGUUGUAUUGCUAUGGCCGUCGCCGUAGUCACUGUGGGCAUUCACUUUUUGCUUCGCGGAAUCCUCUUUCUGCCGAAUAUCGCCAACCUCCGCCGACCUUACGGCACUGCGGCAAUAAGUGGUGUCGGGUACCACUUCAACGAUUCAGAGUUUGCUUCCAAUGCCUACAAAGAUCACUUUAGAAGUCGACUCGACAGCUUAUUGAGCGCAACGAACUACACCGAAAUCAUAACGUGGCAAGGAGUGGGGCAAAUGGAUCACUUUUUGAGUUCCUUCUGGAGUGGCAACUAUGGUUGCGACGUCUUGCGCACUUCCUUGGGCCGUAGUGAAACCAAACAGGGGCCUAUCUUGCUCAACAUUUCCUUUGGCUGUGAUGACUUGUUUCGACAAAGUCAUUUGGGCAGUGGCAAUUUCCUUACCGGUUUGUACGGUCUUCGAAUAGCCGCACGGGCACUGGGAAACGCCGAUCUUCUUAUUACGUGCCCCGACGCCAUCGACCAGAAGUCACAGCUUCUCUUGCCUCAUGUGAUGGGUUUCUUUCCCGAGGCCACUCAUCCUGUGCCUGCACAUGAUCCCUCCCGACGAUCCGUAUCUGUAUCCAAGGCGUGCUCCAACGCCAACUUUUCACCGAUGGGCUACUUACUGAACGAGAUGCAGCACGAGUGGCGUACAAUGGCGAUCCGUAUGGUAGGUAUACCGUAUCCAGACCAUCCUAGUGGCGCGUGGGCCCGUAUACACUUGUGGAAUACCACGACGAACGAUUCAACCAAGUAUCGUAGUAUUCGACAGCUUCCAGUAGUAGAGAGCACCGACGUGCCAUUGUAUCCAAGUGUUGAAUUAGACGAAUCGGUCAUUCAUUUUCGCUGUGGAGAUUUAAUGGCAAGCAAUCAUCCCGGCUUUGGAUUCAUGAAGUUUCAUGACUACGCCCGACAUCUUUUUGUCAACACAAGCUCAAUAGGGAUUGUUACCCAGUCAUUCAAUGCCAACGCCACUCAGCAACGAAAUAUUGAUUCUGGCAAAGGUGAGCGUUGUCGUUUGGUGGUAGAUGCACUGGUAGAUUUUUUGCAAGAGCGGUUUCCCGAAGCGCGAAUUCGCGUCCACAACGACAUACGGGAAACUAUGGCACUCACAUACGCCCGCAUUGUCAUGGCUCAUCAAUCCGUUGUUGCCAUAUCCACUUUUGGAGUGUUUGCUGCCGUGGCCAGCUUUGGUACAGCAUACAUUCGGAAACCAGAAACAACGGGAUUCUUGGCCCGGAAACUGCCGAACAAGUGGCUGGUUUAUGGAGCUGGCUACAUUACCAAUGAUACCUCCAUUCAUUUGUUUGACGCACCCUUACGAAUAAAUGCCAAGGAUAUUCGACUCCUUUGGAAGCAACGUGGUGGAGAUGCCGUAGUGGAGUGGUUUCGGAACGAGACGCUGGGUGGGUCCUACCCCUGCUCGACCGAUCCCCGAAUCGAGCAUCGCAAACUUUGUUUGCCUUACAUUUAG